CGUAACAAUGGUAGUACCUCUCAAGCAGCCUAUUGUGUUCCAGCUGGAGGGCUUCUAUGUACCACCGGGCUACGGAGCCUUCUUGUUCUUCCUGGCCCUGCUUUGCUACAUCGUAAUAAUGUUGGCAAACGGUGUGGUGCUGUGCAUCAUUGUCAUAGACAAGAACCUGCACAGACCCAUGUACAUACUGGUUUGUAAUCUUGUAGUCUGUGAUCUGCUGGGGGCCACAACGGUGUUGCCUCGCCUUAUGAUGCACUUCUUGAUGGGCCAGAAGAAGAUCGGCUACAUCUCGGCCAUCGCCCAGGCCUUUUGUGUGCACCUGUACGGCACUGCAGUGCAGACUAUUCUGGGUGUAAUGGCCUAUGACAGGUACAUUGCUGUGUGUGAACCACUGAGGUACCACGCCAUCAUGACUUCGGCUCGACUACACUCCUACCUCGCCCUGGCCUGGUUCAUCGCUGUCCUGCUUAUAGCUGUACUCUUCAUCUUACACAUGAACUCCCCGCUGUGUGGAAAUAUUAUCCAUCACGUGUACUGCAGCAACCGAGGAAUCCUGAACCUGGCCUGCAGUCCCACCCCCAUGAACAACAUCUAUGGUAAGUGCAUUUGUUUGGAAUAACGGUUCAAACAUAUGAUAUAUUGUUGAACAUUGUCCUUGUUGAGAGGUGUCAUUUAGCAUCUCAUUCUGUUUAGAUGUUACAUAACUGACAGAAUAAUUGUAUGUUUUUCAAGGUCUGUCCAUCUACUGGUUUGUAAAUACAAGCAUCUUCCUCAUCAUUGCUUUUUCCUACAUCAGAAUCCUGCAUGUUUGUGUAAAACAGGGAAGAGAUGACAGCUUUAUUCGCAGUAAGACCUUUCAGACGUGUGCACCUCACCUUGUUGUUUACGUACUCUAUCAACUUGCUACAUUGGUCAUAAUUGUAAGUCAGAGAUUUCCCUCACUCUCACAAAAUGUCAAGAAAUUCUUCAGCAUCAUGUUCAUCAUUAUUCCACCAGCAAUGAACGCUAUGAUAUACGGACUGGUCAGUAAAGAUAUCCGUGCAAGCAUUAUUCAGCAUUUUAAAUAUGUGUAUGUCCAUCGAAAAAACUGAUUGAGGUUUAACUUUUUAGGGUCCUUGUAUUUCUGAUAAUUGCUUGUAAACCCCUUUCAAUUACAUGUAAAGUUUUCAAUAACCAUGCACAUAUCGGAACGAGAGCUUAUUAAGUUUAUAGGCACACCACUGGCCUGGUGUUUUUUUUUUAUCCCAUUUCUCCUGUCUAUCGCUUCUAACAACAUUAAAGAAAUAGAGUAUUGAUUAUUAUCUUUGUUUUGAUCAGCCAGACAUAUCAAUGGUGAUUCACAUACUUCUAAUGAUGUCAGUGUUUCAUAGAGUAUUUCAAGUUCAUUCUGAAGAGAUUUGUUGAAAUUGUAAUAAUGAUUUAUUGAACAGAUGUAAAUAUUUAUAGUGCAAAGUUGUUUGGUGCUUAGGCUCCAUCCUGCCGUAGGAUAGAUAGGGUACGGAAAGCCGAGAUGAGAUGAGGCAUAUUCCCUCUUUGGAGGGGUCAGGGGUUGUGGCGGGUCGCCUUUGGCGCUUCCUGAAAUGACAACUGAUAGCACACGAGAGGAGACCAGUUUUUAACGCUUGACAGCACCGAUGCAAUUGGUUUCCGGUAAAGGGGCCCACGUCUGGUCUGGUUGGCUCGUACGACCCGGCUCCCAAUCAGCUGACCGUGCACCCACAGGGAGAGAGAAGGCCACCUGGGAACAGUACAGCCC